AUGAACGAGCAGUUCGUGUCUUCAAAGGAUUUCACCCAGCAGCGAGUUUCGGGUCCCUCUCUCCUUGCCUGUCUUUUAUGCCGACAUAAGCACCUUAAGUGCGAUGGAGCAACGCCUGUGUGUAGCCGCUGCGCGGCCACGGGCUCAGAGUGCCAGUAUACCCCGUCGCGAAGAGGAUACAAAGGCCCUUCGAAAAAGCGGCGGGCCAACCCCUCCUCACCAGAGCCGUUGCCAGCAGAUCUUGCAAACCCACUUGAUCCGAAUCUUGCUGGCUUCUACGAUGUCCCUGUUGAUUGGAACUCCUUAAACCCCUAUCCUUACGUGCCCACGGCAACCCUUCCUGCGUCAAAUUCUUCGGGAAGUAGCCCCCAAUUUUUUGACCACCAGGGUGCUUCGCAGCAAGCUGUCAUCAAAAAUGCACCCUUGACGCCUGAAUCGUCAUCCUCGCUUUCGAAUGACGGGUACCUUGUCGACAUUUACUACCAAUUCUUCCAUCCCUCCCAUCCGAUCUUACCUCCUGUUCGUACACUCUAUCAAAACCGUGUUCCCCUUUUCCUAGAGCAAGUCAUCAAAUUCAUUGGAGCGCAUUAUACUCCAGCUGCAUCUAGCGAGAACUAUCGACCCAAUCUCCUGACGUCUGUUUUGGAGCAAGAAGCGACGAUAGAGAAGCUGCAGGCGCUUCUGCUACUGGCGAUUGUGCUUCAUUCGCGGAAUGAGCGAAGUACGGCUGGAGAAUGUCUCGUCGGAGCAGUUGACUUGGCCUUUGAAAUUGGUCUUCAUACUAGGGACUUCGCUGCCGACAUGAGCGAGGGUGAUCCCCUCAGGGCGGAGUGCUUCAGACGUACAUGGUGGGAGCUGUUCAUCAUUGAAGUUAUGUUAACGGCACUUGGGCUUCAACCAACGCCGCGCACACAUAACGUGCCGAUUGAGGUGUCACUUCCCUGUGAGGAGAGGAUAUAUCAAGAUGGAUUAGCACCUCCACCACCUCCAACCAUCGCGCAGUUUGAUGAGCGUGUGUUUGCAGAUGAAGAGCGGGAUUUCUCUUCGUAUACUUACCGAAUCGAAGCAGCACGUAUUCUGGGGCGCGUUGUAGCCAUUCAAGACCUUGUGGAGGGCCAACAGGAUCAAGUGGAAUCUAUUGACGCACGAAUCACAAGCUUUUUCCAUCACCUUCCGGAAUCCAAAGCGGAGCUUCUGCGUCCAGACGGAACCGUGGACGAGAUGAUGUUCCAGGCUACAAUGGUCGUAAAUGGCACAUCAAUCUACCUCCACUUUCCUCGCUCAGAUUUGCUUUCUUCCCCCGCCGUUGCGGCCGAAGUUAUUUGCGGGCACCACGGCCCAUGUUCGAUACCCGCAUUUUCACACCAUUCCCAUGCCAUGAAAGCCGUCAAAGCAGCCAAAGAAAUCUCAUCGUUAGCGUCCAUCCGUAUGCCGGUGGUCAAACACACCCCGUUCUUCAUAUGCUCGCUCACCAUGAGCUCAAUGGUCCAGCUCGCAGCUUGCUCCGUCAAAGCAGGACAGAUGCCAGAUCCCAGUCGUGAUCGCUUGGCACUAACCAUCGGUGUGUUCAAGACAUUAGCCAACACAUGGGCGAUCUCGCAGUCCAUCAUGCGCCAGAUCAAGGCUGUUGCACGGGAUGUCAUGAACAUGGGCUUACGCCCGACGAUGGAGCCGAUCGAUCUGAACACGGUCCUUGAUAGCAGCCGCUUCUGGCUCCCAGAGGCGUUUCCAAGGUAA